CCCCCCCAUCUUCCCCAAUCUGCCGGCGAGAUACGAAACUUCUUGGGGUCCAGGGGGUGAGACUUAGGGCUGCUACAGCUGCCCUCUUUGGCGGUCCUGGUGCUCGGAGAUUCCAGCAAAACCCCCGCUGUCGCGACAGCCCGUGAGGCAUCCCCACGUCCUGCAUCUCCACGGGUGCUCUGAGCCCACCAUGAAAGCCAUCAGCCCGGUGCGCUCCGUCCGCAGCUGCUACGAGGCAGUUUGCUGCCUCUCGGAGCAGAGUUUGGCCAUCGCCCGGGGCAGCCACAAUAAGAGCCCGGCCUUGGAAGAACCCAUGAACUUGCUCUACGAUAUGAACGACUGCUAUUCGAAAUUGCGGGAGCUGGUUCCGGGCAUCCCUCAAGGCACCAAGGUGAGCCAGGUGGAGAUCCUGCAGCACGUCAUAGACUACAUCUUCGACCUCCAGAUCGUGCUGGAGGAGGGGUCCAAGGGCCGCGACCCCUCCUCCGAGGCCACCUUGUUCUCCCUUAAGGCGGCCGAACUCGCUUCAGAACUCCGCACCAAAGACGAGAGAAGUUUGUGUCACUAACGCCACUUCCAUCAGCAAACAGGCAGCGCGUGUCGGUUCCUGGUUCGUUAUCAGCCGGAGGUAAACAGCAGCUUCCUCCGUGGCGCCGGGCUGUCUGCGCCUGACCGGACCCGGCAUUGCCUUCCCCGGGCCCGGGCACCGCGAGUGGCGAGCGGCUGCUUCCGACCCCCAGCCUUCCACCGCCAGCAUCCCACCCACGGAGCUCAGCUUUGGACCCGAAUUCGCAUGAGAUAUUUUUAAUGAUAGACUGAUGAUGAAGAGGAGGUCGUCUGUAUAUUUUUGGAUUAUAGCAGCGAGUCCUUUUUUAAAGGUGUUUAAUGGGAUGGUGGGGUGGGGAUUUAGGGGGUUUUGGGGAGGGGGGAAAAAACAUCCUCGUGUAUGAACCAAACUCUCUGGGGCUGUGGCCUCGUGUAUUAUGGAGCUCUAUACUAGAGUAUAACUUUUUGUACCUUUUGUGCAGGAAGGUGAAUUUCUGCAAAUGUGCCUUGUACUUGCUUUAUAAACUUUUUAUAAAAGUUACCAUUUUUACAUAAUAAAGAUCAGAUAAUUUUGA